UCCAUCUUUACCAGCUGCCAGGGAAGCAGGUCAGUCAAACUAUCUGGAAGUGUUGGGCACUAGUUAUCGGUGGAAACCCCUCUAAGGAAACGGAAUACUUUCUCACAGCUCAGCUGCGGAAUAUACGCGGACAAAUGUCUUUUCUCCCCCCGCCCUGAGACACGGAGCUGACCCCCGGCGGAGUAAAAACGUCUCAACCGUUAGGAGGAAAAAAAAGCUCGUGCCGUGUUGUGAUGGCUAGCCGUCGCUGCUAGCGCGGCUAGCUAAAACUAUGGCUUGUGUUGCCGUUAAGAUAAUUAGCGACGGCUGUUGUGCUUGGGCUGCUGGUUUGUAGCAGACAGCCUCCAUCGCUGCCGUUAAGCCUGGCUUUACAUGGGAGAAAUAAAGGCUUCGGAUAUCAUUGCAAGGAAGAUCAUCUGAUGGGGCUAUUCAUACCUGAUGGAUUAUUCAUCAUGCAGUUUGGUUUUAUGGAGCACUUUCCCUCUCAGAAAUCUCCCAAGUUUUAAAUCAGUGCUGGAGUUCUACAGAGACAACAUGUCUUAACACUGGGAUUCAUUCAGCAGUUUGCAAAUAAAUCUUCCCCGCUGGAUCUUAACUCUUCUUUCUUCAAUAUGUCAAUCCAGCUUUGGCUGUCAUAAAGAUCAGCUUGAUUUCUUUUUAAAGAACCCCCCCCCCCCCUCCCCAUAAUAAGGAUUAAAUCCAAGGCUGGAUAACCAUAGAAAAACUACCAGCUCCUAGAGGAACAUGGCCUCAGUGUGGAAGAGACUGCAGCGGGUGGGGAAGCAUGCCUCUAAGUUCCAGUUUGUGGCUUCAUAUCAGGAGCUGAUGGUGGAAUGCACAAAGAAAUGGCAACCAGAUAAAUUAGUGGUUGUUUGGACUCGCAGAAGUCGUCGGAAAUCAUCUAAGUCCCAUAGCUGGCAGCCUGGCAUCAAAAACCCCUACAGAGGAGUGGUAGUGUGGCCGGUACCAGAGAACAUUGAGAUUACCGUCACUCUCUUUAAGGAUCCUCAUGCAGAAGAGUUUGAGGACAAGGAGUGGACGUUUGUAAUUGAAAAUGAAUCUCCCUCAGGACGGCGGAAGGCAUUAGCCACCAGCAGUAUAAACAUGAAGCAGUAUGCCAGUCCUAUGCCCACCCAGACUGACGUCAAACUCAAAUUUAAGCCGUUGUCGAAGAAGGUGGUGUCGGCAACGCUGCAGUUCUCCCUCUCCUGCAUCUUUCUGCGGGAGGGAAAGGCCACUGACGAGGACAUGCAGAGCCUGGCCAGCCUGAUGAGCAUGAAACAGGCUGACAUCGGCAACCUGGAUGACUUUGAGGAGGAGAACGAGGAGGAUGAGGAGAACAGGGUUAACCAGGAAGAAAAGGCCGCCAAGAUCACAGAGAUAGUAAACCAGUUGAAUGCCCUCAGCUGCUUACAUGGGGAUGAUGAUGAUGAUGAUGGUGUUGGUAUUCCCAAGCGAGCAAGCAAAGCAACAGCUAAGCCUGCUGCCUCUUCCCAAGAACUGAUCAACAAGCUGAACUUCCUGGAAGAUGAGGAUCAGGACGCUGUUCCUGCCAUGACUACCAAUCCCUUCGAUGAGCCCAACACUGACCUUCAGUCCUUCCACCUCAAUCCGUUUGGCGAUCCGGAUGAGGAGGAGCCCCCCUCCCAGCCGGCUCAAAGACAGCGACUCAAUGAGGAGUCCUUCCACGACCCCGACGACUCAAACCCGUUUAAUGAUCCCGAUGGAGCGGAGACCCGUUCAUCUCCCUUGAACCCCUUCGAUGAGGCCGACCAGGACCUGCAGCUCCAACCAGACCCCGAACCCCCCAGACCCAAGCAGAAGAAAGGCGUUAGGCCUGUCGACAUGAGCAAGUACCUGUAUGCUGACACCUCUCACAAUGAGGAAGAAGAGCUUGAUGAAUCCAAUCCGUUUUACGAGCCAAGAACAUCGAGCCCAGCGCGGCCACUUGAGGGCAGCCCCUCUCCGGAUGUUGGCAGUAACCAGAAGAGGAAGGCCCCUCCGCCCCCGAGUACCAGCACGGGCCCGGGCCGCGCUCCACAGACCUCCAAACCCAGCUCUGGCCCGGACGGGGAGAGAGCCCAGCCUGUUGGGCCCAGCCCUCUGGCAGCAGUGAUAGGAAGAGAGCUGGCCUCCUCUUCCCCAAAGCCCAGCCCUGCCCCAAGUCCGGUUCUGGGAGGGAAACCCAACGCCAGCCAAUCCCUGCUGGCCUGGUGCCGUGAGGUCACCAAGAACUACCGCGGGGUGAAGAUCACCAACUUCACCACCUCCUGGAGGAACGGACUGGCCUUCUGUGCCAUUCUGCACCAUUUCAGGCCGGACCUCAUAGACUACAAGUCGCUCAAUCCUCAGGAUAUUAAAGAAAACAACAAAAAGGCAUAUGAUGGCUUUGCCAGUCUAGGGAUAUCUCGUCUCCUGGAACCAUCUGACAUGGUGCUCCUCGCCAUCCCAGACAAGCUCACAGUGAUGACCUACCUGUACCAGAUCAGGGCCCAUUUCUCUGGCGAGGAGCUCAACGUGGUGCAGAUAGAGGCCAACAGCAGCCGCAGCACCUACAAAGUGGGCGACUUCGAGACGGACACCAAUGCCUCGAUAGACCAGGACAAGUUCUACGCCGAGCUCAAUGACGUGCAGCACCGUGAUGCUAACUCGGAGCCCGUUUCAUCUAGUGGCGCCGUUCAAUCAAAUGGUGCCGAGGUUAUUGAAGGGGAGAUGAAAGCCGGAGCAGAAUCAACCGGCUCCCAAGCUCCAGAGCCUUUCCAGUCUACACCUCCUGUCCCUUCGCCACGCACUGCAUUAGCUAGCACCGCUAUAAACUCUGCCCACAUGACCCCUCCGGGCUCAGAGGACAGGCGGGUUCUACUCAAAGCCAACACUUUAGAUCUUUCUGAGGUUCCGCAAAGAGUGGAUAGAGAGGUGGAGAAGGAGGCGCAGCACAAGGAGGAGGUGUUAGAGGAUAGGGGUAGCGAACUGUCGUCCCCGACAAGGAGAGGAAACUCUCUAUCACACUUCUCCUACAACAAGGACGCGGACCUCAUUAAAAAGAAACGGGCCGGCCUGCGUCACUCAGACUCAGAGCCAGCUUCAAACUCCACUUCCCCUCCAGUCAACCACGCAGAUAUCCCCCUUAAACAGGAGCCAUCGCCUGCAGCUGUAUCCAGUCCUCCAGCAGAGAAGAAAGUGCUGUCCCGCCAAGAGGAGCUGAAGGAGAGAGCCCGGCUGCUGUUGGAGCAGGCCCGCAGAGACGCUGCUAUGAAAGCCGGGAACAAGAACGUCCUCAAUUCAGCGGUCCUGCCAACAAGCAGGACUUCAGGCUUCUCUGAUGAGCGGGAUGCAGAGCGACGGAGACAACUACGAGAACGAGCCAGGCAGCUUAUAGCCGAGGCUCGAUCCGGAGUCAAGAUAUCCGACAUGAGUCUCCUGGAUCCGACCAACAUGGAGCGAAGCAAAGGAAGCAAGGCUGGAUCUGCAGGAGACGCUUUGGGCAGGCUGAGAAGUGAUGAGGAGGAUGCUGUUGAUGGGGAAAAGAGUGAGGAUGAGGAACAAAGUAGGGCAGAGGAAGAGCAGCUGGGCUACAGCGAUGUUGACGCAGAUUCUGUUGAUGCCACCUUGUCUGCUUCUGCACCAGUUACUAACCCGCUCCAGCAGGAGGCCCUUCCAGCCACUUCCAGCACCCAGGGCUGCCUGGAGCUUACUAACCCCGCCUCUGAGCUAACCUCUCUGGGCACAAACAGUAAACAUGUGGAUCUGAAGCUGAAGAAGCUGGCAGAGACCAGUCCAAGAGGAGUCACUUCACCUUCAUCACCCUCCUCCACGUCGUCCUCCUCCUCACCAACGGCCUCUUCUGCCUCGCCGCUCAGCCCUACAGGGUUGGAGAACAACGCUGAGGAGCUGCGUGCGGAGCGUCUGCGCAGAGCCACGGAGAAGCUGCGCAGCCCGGUGGUUUUCAACAAAGACUCCGCUGUGAGGAAGACUCAGCUAAAGUCCUUCAGCCAGUACGUCGAGAACAGACCAGAGGUGAAGCGACAGAAAUCAGUUCCUGAAGAUUUGAAGAAGGUCGAGGAGGACAGAGGUUCACAGACAGAGGUUGACCUCCAGCGACCCUUUGAAGAAGAGAAGGCGUUCAAAGACACCAGUCAGUAUGUGGUUGGGGAGCUGUCUGCGCUGGAGAGCGAGCAGAGGCACAUAGACGCCCGAGCAGCUCGCGUGGAGAAGAGGCUGCGCUAUCUCAUGGACACAGGCAACAACAAGGAGGAGGAGGAGGCCAUGAUGCAGGAGUGGUUCAUGCUGGUCAACAAGAAGAACGCCCUCAUUAGGAGACAGAACCAGCUCUCUCUGCUGGAGAAAGAGCACGAUCUGGAGAGACGGUUUGAGCUGCUCAACAGAGAGCUGAGAGCCAUGCUGGCCAUCGAGGACUGGCAGAAAACUGAAGCCCAGAAGAGACGAGAGCAGCUGCUGCUGGAUGAACUGGUCAUACUGGUCAACAAACGGGACGCGCUGGUCAGGGAUCUGGACGCCCAGGAAAAAGAGGCCGAGGCGGAGGACGAGCACCUGGAGCGGACGCUGGAGCAGAACAAAGGCAAGAUGGCCAAGAAAGAGGAGAAAUGUGUCCUUCAGUGAUCGUCAACAAACCAACACAUGUAGCCAAUAAAAGAAAUGUAUCUCCAUGAAUAUUCUCACUUUUUACUCUCAUUUGAUCGCAGCUUUUAGACAUUUCCUUCCGAGGUUUUUGAUCCAGUAAACAGCAGAGACUGAAACUUUGCACCAACUUUAUACCGACUCAGUCCGCUGAGAUCUUUUUUUAUUAUUUUAACUCGAGGUCAUUAAAGAAAAGGUACAGUUCUGUAAUAUAAAUAUCUUUUUGUGCAGAGCAGACAGCGUGGUAUUAAAAAGAACAUCUGUUUUUGGAGCUUCUUUACUACUUGACUUUUAGUUGCAUUACCUGUAAAAUAUCUGAGCUGCAUUAAUGUUCAUAAAUCUUUCCUAUUGUGCUUUUUUAUUGUCUCUGCUUAAAACCAAAAAGAAAAUAGUAAAGGAAAAAAAUAUUGUAUAUUUCCAUCCAUUUUCUGCUUUCCAAAUCCUUUUCAUCACCUUCAGCCUGAAAACAACAGAUUUGUUUAUUAUUUAUUGUGGUUUGUUCUAUAAUAAGCUGCUUGUCUUCACAUCUCAUGUGCGGUUUUGCUCUGCAACUUUUGGUUCCUAUUUAUUGUCUUCAGAAGAGGAGAGAAAUGUGCUUCCACCUGCCUCUCUUAGAGCUCCACAUGUCUUUAACCUGUGAACAUUUAUCUGAUUAUUUAUUCCAGUCAUAACCCAAGUCUCCAGUAAUAAAGUCUUUAUGAUUUCAUACUUCA